CGACAAAAUUUGCUCCACCUCCAAGUAAAGCUAAAAUACUUGUUCCAAAAUUGCAGCUACUUCAAUAUCAAGCUAUAUAUAGCUUUUCUAGAGUCUUCGUUGUAAUAUUAUAUAAUCGUAUCCUAUUGUUCAUGUGCGCUAAUUAAUGGAGUAGAAAAGUACUGUUAGCAAUGUCCAAAACUGUUAACAAUGAUGCCCGUUCUGCUUCCUCUAAAAAUUGUGAGUGGCUGAUACAGAUAAAGAAUGCUGGGACGCAAGAGACCACUACUCAUGAUGACAACCAACGGAAAGGGCCAGAUUUCCAAAGGGUUCCACAAACCUUUCGUAGUAUUCAACAAAACAGCUAUUGUUACGAUCCAUCGGUGGUCUCCAUUGGUCCCUAUCACCAUGGGAAGGAAAAACUAGAGGAAAUGGAGAAGCUCAAGGUGACAUACGCUCGCGAGUUCGUCAAAGAUACUGAAAAACCCCUUGAUGAAACAUACACAGAGGUGGACGCAAUGCUAAGCAUUGCAAAAAAUCGCUAUCCAGAAGAAGCAAGAAGAGGUUUCAACGAUGAGCGAUUAGCCAAGAUGAUGUUUAUUGAUGGCUGCUUCAUUCUUCAAUUCCUCUUCUGCCUCCAUAAGCCUGGAAAUCUGAAGAUGAGUAGUCACGAUGCUGCUUUGGUAACAAAGGACUUGUUCUUACUCGAGAACCAACUCCCUUUUGAAGUUCUCAACAAACUGAUGAGUUUCAGAAACCUGGAUCACAAAGCUUGGAUGAAAAUUCUUACAGAUUUCUGCGAUCAAGUUCGUGCCUUUCCUGCUGGAACAGAGCUGAAGGAAAAGAUGACAAAAAUUUUUCGUGGAUUGCAAAAAUCAUUAACGAUACGGAAUCCCCAAGGUAUCGCACGUGAUCAGCCUGCACCUGCAGCCCAUCUUCUGGAACUUUUACAUAAGCAGUUUUGCCCUGGAACGAUUUUAUCAGAAAACUCUGAGAAGAGUUCGUGCAAGAACAAUUCUCAAAAGAACUGGUACCGUUAUUAUCCCGCUGAGGAGCUUAGGAACAUUGGCAUCCAUUUCAAGCCAAGCAAGACUGCUCUAUUCACCGAUGUCCAGUUCAAACGGAGAUGGCUGAUCACCCGAAGUCUCUAUAUUCCUCCAUUAAGAAUAGAUAGCUCUACCAAGUCCUUGCUUUUAAACUUGGUGGCCUAUGAAGCAUGCCUUGGUGCUUCCAAUGAAUCUCGGGUCACUUCUUACGUAUGCUUCAUGGAUUCACUGAUUGAUACCCCUAGAGACGUGCAGGUGCUGCGAUCGAAGGGCAUACUACUCAACACUCUAGGAAGUGAUGAACAAGCCGCAGAACUCUUCAACCAGAUUGCCAGCCAUUUGAUACCCGAUCCUUAUGCUUACAUUCAGGUUAAGUCCAGCAUUGAAAAGGAGCAUAGGAAAGUCAUAAGGAAAUGGGUAGCCAUGUGGCUGCGACUUUAUUUUAAUAGUCCAUGGACAUUUAUUGCAUUUGUUGCUGCAACUUUCACCAUCAUACUAACUGCCAUUCAGACCUAUAUGGCACUAUUCCCUCUCAAGGAUCGGUGAUAGCUCCAAGUGCAAACCCUGAGUUUCCAUGUGCUAAAGGUAUCAGUUUCCGGAAUAAUGUGUGUUCUUGUUAGAUUUCUUGCUGUUAAGAGUGUGAAUUACUUUUCCAUCAAACUUGA